GGUCCCGGUCCCGGUCCCGCCCGAGCUCGGGUUUCCGUUCCGCGUCUGUCUCUCUCUCUCUGUGUGUGAGUGUGAGUGUGCGCGCGCGUGGACAUGGUCGUGGUGGAAGUGUCCGGAUACCAGGCGUUCGUGGAGGCGGUGGCGAGCCACAAGGGCAAGACCAUCUUCGCCUACUUCACCGGCUCCAAGGACAAGAACGGAGUGAGCUGGUGCCCGGACUGUGUGCAAGCUGAACCAAUAGUCCGUGCAGAACUGGAUAAAAUGCCCGAAGGAGCCAUCUUCAUCUAUUGUCAAACAGGAGCCCGGCCAGAAUGGAAGAAUGGUAAAAACAAGUUUCGGACAGAACUGAAGCUCACUGGUGUACCAACUCUCAUGAAAUAUGGCACAACUCAAAAGCUGGUGGAAGAGCAGUUAUUCAAUCAGGAACUUGUGCAAAUGCUUUUCGCAGAGGACUGAAAAUUCCACAACCUCUUUAGACCCUGGAUUCGUGUUCAAGCAGAUUCUAUCUGAUUUUUCCCGAUCUUGGAUGGUUUUGUGUUCAACUGUUCCAGACGUCAAGCUGAAUUACAUUUCCAAUUUUGUUUGCUUUAAUAUAAACUGUCUUUGGACAACACAAUAAAAAUGGCGCGGGCUUUUCAACAUCGCGGCAAUGUUUAUAAAUUUGUUGACGGGAUUCUUUCCAAAGAAAUAUUUCCAAAUAUUCAAAGAAUGAUGUAUGCAACUGAGAAAAGCAAUUGUUUUCCUCUGCAGUAUACACUAACUUAAAAUUACAGUUUGAUUUUACAGUGUCAAGAUACUGUAAGCUACUGUGUUUGAUUAAUGCUUGGAGUACUGGUUAAAGCUUGGAACAGUGAGAACAUUGUUAAGCGUUCAAUGAAUCAGUGACGUUGUAAAUGUGACAUUUUAUUGUGGAAAAUGCCCAAGUAUUCUUGAUUUUUAAAAAACUCUGAUUCAACUUCAAUCAAUGUUGUGAACACGUUUCUCAAAAUAAAUGUGGUAUGUUUGAUCAUU